AUGAAUCAUACACCGCGCUACUUUGGCCCCAAAGCGGGCGCCAUCGUUCCACUCAACCUCUAUAUCGUCAAGCCGGACAGCGCGGGCAAGGCCUUGGACGCUAUGAAGGCCCUGGAGAAGCAGGUUCAGCAGUGGAUGCAGAGCGGCGACAAGGCGGUUCGUCUCAGUGACGAGGCUAGCGCCGACCUGCGUCUCCGUAUCAAGGACGACGACAAGAUCGCCAUCAGCCUGCACCACCUUGGUCUUCCGGGAUCCGGUGCUGUCGACCUGUACUACACUCUCGACGCCGCGGAGUCGGAAGCGCCGGCACUCGCCGUACUCGAGAGUGCCAUGCGCUUCGCCCACCUUUUGCGUCUUAACGUUGCUCCGAAGGAGGCACAAUGUGCGAGCGAGUUCUACCGCAUUAUCCGUGACGAGGACGCGGAAUUGGACGACGACUUGAUGGAACCGUGGAUCUCCGACGGUCCCAACCUUCUGUGCGACAACUUGGUCAAAAUCACGCCCUCGCCAAAGGAUACAUACGGCAUCAACAUCAAGAACAUGACGGACAAGACCCUGUACGUCUCUGGGAUCUUCUAUUUCGAUUGCAGUGAACUGUCCAUCACCGACCACUCGCAAAAGUGGACGGUGCUUCCUGCCAACGGUGCCUUGGCGUUCGCGCAAAACGCUGGGUAUAGGCCGUGGACCUUCUUCUUGCGCGAGGGACAACCCAAGGACGUUGGCUUUAUCAAGAUCUUCGUCACGUCCUCCCCCGUCGACCUCUCCGGGAUCUCGCAAGCAAAGCCUUUCGCCGACGCAGAGCGCAGGGUGACUAUCCUCAACGAAGAAGAACUUCGCGACUUGCUUGUGGACACCAUAACCUGGCGCAUUGAUCAAUAUGCGCCGGGGACGGCAGUCUGA